AUGCGCCAUAGAAAUUAAGAGUGGUUGGUAGCGACUGACUGAGAAUUACUGUAUUCAACAAGAAAAAGGGGGAGGGUGACGAUUAGUGCACGUUACUCUCUCUCUCUCUCGGAUAUACAAUUUCUACCCAAAGAGAUCUGAAGUUGGUCUAUGUUACCACUUCCCUCAGAUUUCACUUAUAUAUACUAACCUCUCUGCCACCAACCUUGUUCAGCGUGCCGUCGAUCGUCAAACCCCAUCUCUCUCCUUUUUUUUGUUUUUUGUUUUUUUCUUCUUUCAAUUAAAUGGCUCUACCUUUACUACCCAUCUCAAUAAUCCUCAUCUUCCUUGCCUACAAGCUCUAUCAACGGCUCAGAUUCAAGCUCCCACCAGGGCCUAGUCCGUUGCCGGUCGUCGGAAACCUUUACGACGUCAAACCGGUGAGGUUCCGGUGCUUCGCCGAGUGGGCCCAAGUCUAUGGUCCCAUUUUCUCCGUAUACUUUGGUUCACAGUUGAACAUAGUGGUGAAUAACUCAGAGUUGGCUAAGGAAGUACUGAAGGAAAAUGAUCAGCAGUUGGCAGAUAGGUACAGGACUAGGUCUUCUGCUAAGUUUAGCAGAGAUGGGAAAGAUCUGAUAUGGGCUGAUUAUGGACCUCACUAUGUCAAGGUUAGGAAAGUUUGUAAUAUUGAGCUGUUCUCUCCCAAGAGACUUGAAUCUCUUAGACCCAUUAGAGAAGACGAAGUUUCUGCCAUGGUUGAGUCCAUUUUCAAAGACAGCACCAAUCCCGAUAAUGGCGGAAAGGGCUUGAUGAUGAGGAACUAUCUGGGAUCAGUAGCAUUCAACAACAUAACAAGACUGACGUUUGGGAAGCGGUUUAUGAAUUCAGAAGGUGUGAUUGAUGAGCAAGGACAGGAAUUCAAGGGAAUCGUUUCCAACGGAAUCAAGAUCGGUGCAAAACUCUCAAUGGCAGAGCAUAUCCCUUGGCUUCGUUGGAUGUUCAUAGUCGAGAACGACACGCUUGCCCAGCACGCAGCUCGUCGGGAUCGGCUCACGAGAAUUAUCAUGGAAGAGCACACUCUUGCACGGAACAAGAGUGGUGGUGCCAAGCAGCAUUUUGUUGAUGCUUUGCUCACUCUUCAGAAGCAGUAUGACCUCAGUGACGACACCGUUAUUGGCCUCCUUUGGGACAUGAUAACUGCAGGCAUGGACACAACCACCAUCUCAGUGGAGUGGGCAAUGGGGGAGUUGGUGAAGAACCCAAGGGUGCAACAAAAGGCUCAAGAGGAACUCGAUCGAGUCAUCGGAACGGAUCGUGUCAUGUCCGAAACGGACUUCUCCAACCUUCCUUAUCUCCAAUGUGUAGCCAAGGAAGCACUACGUCUCCACCCACCAACCCCAUUAAUGCUCCCCCACAAGGCCAAUGCCAACGUUAAGAUUGGUGGGUACGACAUCCCCAAAGAAUCGAUCGUCCACGUUAAUGUGUGGGCCAUCGCUCGCGAUCCAAAGGUCUGGAAAAAUCCUCUCGAGUUUCGACCCGAGAGGUUUUUGGAGGAAGAUGUUGACAUGAAGGGGCAUGAUUAUAGGCUGCUGCCUUUCGGUGCUGGAAGGAGAGUCUGUCCUGGGGCUCAACUUGCCAUCAACUUGGUGACAUCAAUGCUGGGGCAUCUACUGCAUCAUUUCUCAUGGGAACCACCGCAGGGGGUUAAGCCAGAAGACAUUGACAUGGUUGAGAACCCUGGAACGGUCACAUACAUGAGGAGCCCACUUCAAGCUGUGGCUAAGCCGAGGUUGCCAGCACACUUGUACAAACGUGUGGCUGUGGACAUUUGAACUGUUUUCCUUGGUUUCCUGUGUUUUGUUUUUCGUUGUUGCCAUGAAUAUUAAUCUUCCUGGUUAUUUAUUAUUUAGAAGUCUUGAUGUGAUUGUAACGUGAUGAGAAAUGGACGGAUGAAUGGAAAGGCUUACGCAAGGUUUGGUAUUCGAACAUUAUUAGAAUACAAGAGUGAGUGAUUUUGAUGUAACUUUUACUAUAAUCUCUUUUUUUUAAGUAAUGCUUUCAUUAUUG